AUGUCAUCAUCGGGUAUCGUAUCGAAGAAGCUGAAGUUCAAGGGAGAGAAAAGUAAGAAAAAGAAGAGAUCGCAUCACCAUUCUUCUGGAGGAGGAGGGGAAGUUGAAGAUGAUAUGGCUGCUUUAGCAGCUGCUGAUCCAAGAGGCUGGGUUUAUCCUGAAAGUCCAAUGGAGAUAAAUGGUCCUGCAUUCAUCCUACUUCCUUCACAACCCUUAACUUGUCUAGCUUGGGACGCUCAAAGACAGCGAGUCUACGCUGCUCCUGUCGAUAUACCCCAAGCUCCAGAAGGAAUGAACGAUCUAAGUGAAGCUGAAAUACUACAGACUAUAGAGCCUAGCGACAUCAAUCAUGUAUGGGUAAUAUCGAGAUUAUCAGGAAGCGAAGAUGUUAUAAGUUUAAGGACCAGCACAGGUACUUUCCUGACUGCAACACCAUCAGGGACGUUGACAGCAACAACGCCUUCCAGAGGUCCAUUAGAAGCUUUUAUCCCCAUAUCUAAUUCCUCUCCCUCCGCUUCGUCAUCAUCAUUGUCAUCUGCAUUUCCAGGAUGGUCAAUACAAACUCAACAUAACUCGAAAUAUAUCUCAGCGUCUGAACCAACAGGUUUAACGAUUGGAAAACUAAAAGCCGAAUUACGUGCAGAUGUAGAUACAGCAGGAGAGAAUGAAUUGGUUAGAAUAAAAUGUCAAAGGGAAUUCGUAUAUAAAGCUAGACUGGCAUUACAACAAGAAAAAGAUGGUGUUUCAUCGUCUUCAUCAAAGAAAAGAUUCUUGGAAGGUGGUCCAAAUGAAGGUAGUAUAGAAGAUGAAUUAGCACGAAAUCGUGAAUCUCAAACUUGGGGUGGAGGUAGAACGAUCGUUUCUGAAAAAGAUCGAAGAGAACUGAAGAAAGCUAGGAAAGAAGGUAAAUUAGGAGAAGCAAUGUUAGAUCGAAGAGCAGCUUUGAAAAGUGAUCGAUAUGCAAAGUAA